UAACUUUCUGGGUAUGCAAUAAUUGCUUCCAUAUAUAUAUAUAUAUAACAACCAUAAGGGCAAAGCAAAUUGACACAAUUGCUAAAGCAACCAAAACUAGUCUUUUUUCUUCUCUAGGUUGUGACAAACCAAACCUAUAUAUCCCUUCUUAUAGCAAAGUUUUUGUUUGGCAACAUGAUUGGAGUUUUUUCAGUAGUAGCACUAACCCUCUUGUUAGGAGGAGUACUAGCUCUGGUUUUUCCUAUUUUUUGGUACCUUUUUGCCAAACAACAUGUACAACCCUCAAAUAUACCUAAUGGAAGCAUGGGAUGGCCCUUUCUUGGAGAGACUUUAGGCUAUCUAAGGCCUCAUAAAUCCACCUCUAUGGGUACCUUUUUAGAAAAACAUUGCUCUAGAUAUGGGAAAGUUUUCAAAUCUCAUCUUUUUGGAUCACCAACAAUAGUUUCUUGCGAUCAUGAGCUCAAUACCUUCAUUCUUCAGAAUGAAGGGAAGCUAUUCCAGAGCAGCUAUCCCAAGCCUGUCCUUGACAUCCUUGGGAAGCUAUCAAUAAUGCUCGUCUCCGGCGAUCUCCACAGAAAGCUGAGAAGCAUUGCUGUCAGCUUCAUCAGUGUGUCACGAACGAAACCCGACUUCCUGCAUUAUGUAGAGAAGUUGUCUACCUCAGUAAUGGAGUCAUGGAAGGCUCAUCAAGAAGUUACCUUCUACAAAGAAGCUAAAAAGUUUACAUUGUAUGUGAUGUUGAAGUAUGUGUUGGAUAUUGAGCCAGAAGACCCCUUAGCCCCAAAAAUACUUGAAGACUUCCUUACUUUCAUGAAAGGGUUUGUAUCCAUCCCAGUAUAUGUCCCAGGGACUCCUUAUGCUAAGGCUGUCAAGGCAAGAGCAAGGCUAUCAUCCACUUUGAAAGAGAUAAUAAAAGAGAGGGAAAAGAGGGAGGUGGGGCAUGUGAAAGGAGAUUUCUUGGAUGAGAUUAUGCAGAAAGGAAACUUGAGUGAUGAGGAGAGAGUGAGUGUUGCAUUGGACAUUUUGCUAGCAGGUUAUGAAACAACCUCAGGGCUUUUGGGCCUAGUAGUCUACUUUAUUGCCCAGUCACCUUCUGUUCUUCAACAGUUGAAGGAAGAACACCAAGCUCUAAGGAGAAGAAAAAAGGAUGGAGAACCACUGAGUUUGGAAGAUUACAAGGAAAUGGAGUUCACCUCCUAUGUCAUAUCUGAAUCUCUACGAUGUGGGAAUUUAGUUAAAUUUGUGCAUAGAAAAGCCCUUCAAGAUGUCGAAUUCAAAGAAUUUCUCAUUCCUGCAGGAUGGAAGGUGCUUCCGAUCCUGAGUUCACCACAUCUUGAUCCAUCCCUUCAUAAUAAUCCUUCACAGUUUGAUCCUUCAAGAUGGGCUGAUUCAGAUCAAGCAAUUUCCAAAAAAGUGUCGCCUUUUGGUGGUGGAUUGCGGCUCUGUCCAGGGACUGAUCUUGCUAAGGUGGAGACUGCAUUAUUCCUCCAUCAUCUUGUCCUUAAUUAUAGGUGGAAAACAAAAGUCGAUGAAUCUCCAAUUUCUUGCCCGUAUCUGGAUUUUAAUAGAGAUCUGCUGCUGAAGAUAGAGCCAAUAGAGAACAGAACGUGAAGCAAAUUGAGAGAAAGUAUAUCAGCAACACGUUGGGAAGUGGUCAAUUGGGAUGUCUAGAAACUUGCCCUCCGGUUUCCCUCCGGUUUCUUACAAUAUAUGUAGCUUUAGUUAUGUUCUGUAGAGUAGAAAGUUAGAAAUAAAUGGAUAGUAUAGGUAUGGAGGGAUGUGAUCACUUGGUGGCUUCUUACUCUGGCUGCCUUAGAGUUAAUAUUUUGUACCUCUUCUUAUUUAAUAAUAUUACCCUUUGUCUUAAAAAUUAAAAUAUUAAUUUCUUAGACUAUUA